AGUAUAGUUAAUUUUUAUAUAUUUAUAUACAUUACGAUAUAUUUUUAAAAAUAUUUAUUCUAUUUUUAAUCGCAAGCGAUGUUUAUGUUCAUUCAAAAAUAUAUAUUAUGUUAAAAUAGUUAUUAUUUAUAAAUAUGUGCUUCCAUUAAUUUUUUUACCUCUUGCUAUUUAUAUAUUUUUAUAUCUGCUCAGUGAUCUAGUCAUUUUAUUUUUUUUUACCCGUUAUUAUUUUUCAAAACGAUGGAGUUGACAAGCAGUGAAAAUUUUAAUCGAAAUAAAUCAAACAAUUCCAUUGGGCCUUGGGACCUGACUGAAAAAAUGAUAACACUGGAAAAAGAACACGAUCUUCCGCCAACGUCUUCGUCCAUAGAAUUAGGAAACUCAAGUGAAGAUGAAAUCAAUAGGAGUAAAAAAAUAGACUUCGUAUUGGCUUACAUGGACGACGGUAAUUUUAUUCACGCCCAAAAACGCGAAGUGUUUCAAGCGGCGUUGCGUGAUCAGGGACUAGAAUUGUACCAUGAACAAAACGGAGCUCUUUGUUUCGUCAAAGUUCACGCACCUCAGGAAGUUUUAUGCAGAUAUUGUGAGAUAAUGAAGCUCAAGAUGCCAAUAAAAUUGCUAACGACAGAUGAUUUCGAAGAUAAGCAAACAGAUUUACUAGACGACGCGCGCUCGUGGUUUAUUAAUUUAUUCAGUUUCGUGCAGUUGGAUCCGGAAAAGUUUCCCAAGAGGGAGCGGACACUUUUGACGGAAUUCUCACGAGACAAAGAUUAUUUAUUUGAUGUAGAGAAUGAAAAUUUUUUCCCCACGAAUGUCAGAAUUAUGAUAGUGGAAUUUAUUUUGGAACGACAGUGUGAGGGCGUACAUCGACUUGUAGACAGUGGUUGCUAUUCAGCUGCUUACCCACUUCAUGAUGGAACAUACAAACAAAAAGGAACAACCCGAGCUCUACUAUACGAAGAAUGGGGCGCAGCAAAAAAAUGGCUAAAAAUCCAGCCUUUGGAUACAAUCCAAGAGUACUUUGGCGUAACAUACGCGAUAUAUUUCGCAUGGCUUGGAUUCUACACUUACAUGUUAAUACCAGCGAGUAUUGUCGGCUUGCUGUGUUUCUUCUACGGCCUGAUAACAUUGAACUCAAACCAAGUGGCAGUAGACGCAUGUUCGCCGUGGGCAGGCGACGUAAUUAUGUGUCCGCAGUGUGAUAGAUAUUGCGACUACUGGCGUCUAAAUACAACCUGCAUGCUAACGAAAGUGACUCUACUCUUUGACAAUUCGUCGACGAUAAUAUUCGCGGCGUUUAUGUCAUUUUGGGCGGCGCUGUACCUCGAGUUGUGGAAGCGCAGAUCUGAGGAACUGAUCCACAGGUGGGGUCUUGUGGGUUGGGAUCAAGGGGCCGAGCAUCCGCGGCCGCAGUAUUUGAAAAUGUUGAGCAAAAUAAAAAUAUUUAAGGCGAAAGAAAAAUUGAAUGCGGUGACGAUGGAGAAGGAGCCGCAUUUGAGUUUUUGGAAAGUCCGCGUUCCGGCAACGAUGCUCAGUUUUACUGUUGUCAUUAUUUUGGUUUUAACUGCGGUCGCGGCGGUAUUUGCAGUGGUUUUGUACCGCAUGUUCUUGACCACGACAAAUAAAAUUUUUAAGGGACUCGAGCUUGAUAAUACGCAGUACCAAAAUUUUGCGAUACCCAGCAUUGCCGCAGCACUAAAUCUUGUUUGUGUUUUGAUACUAAAUUACUUUUACGACUGGAUCGCGGUAUAUUUAACGGAAAUGGAGAUGCCGAGAACCCAAGCCGAGUUCGACGAUAGUUUGACCUUAAAAAUUUAUAUAUUUCAAUUUGUAAAUUAUUAUGCGUCGAUAUUUUACGUAGCGUUUUUAAAAGGAAAGUUAGUCGGGUAUCCUAGAAAAUACAAUCGCAUAUUUGGUUACAGGCAAGAAGAAUGCGCACCAGGAGGCUGCUUAAUGGAGCUCUGCAUACAGUUGGCAAUAAUAAUGGUCGGUAAACAAGCCGUGUAUACAAUCAUAGAAAUGUUGUUACCCGUGUUGCUGAAAUGGUGGGCUUUGAUUCGAAUCCACACCGGCCUCAAACGUAAAGACCCGCACAUCCCACGCACACGUUGGAGUCAAGAUUUUCGUCUAGUCGACUGGGGUCCUCGCGGUCUCUACGACGAGUACUUAGAGAUGAUAAUACAGUUCGGGUUUAUUACCCUCUUCGUCGUCGCGUUCCCACUGGCUCCACUAUUUGCUCUCGGUAACAACGUCCUGGAGAUGCGUCUAGACGCGACUAAAUUUCUACGGCACUACCGACGGCCAGUUCCACGUCGUGCCCGAGAUAUCGGCAUCUGGAAACAAAUUCUUGAUGCUCUUGCUCGCAUUUCCAUCACCACAAACGCAUUCAUUAUCGCAUUCUCAUCAAAUUUAAUUCCACGUCUCGUUUACAUGCAUUCAGUGAGUCAAGACAAAACAGACGUCGGUUUUUUGAACCACAGCCUCGCUUAUUUCAACACCGAAGAUUUUCCCGCGCAAUUCGCUCCACUCAAUUCGACAUUUGAAAAUGUAACCAUUUGCCGCUACACCGAGUACCGAAACCCUCCAGAUCAUCCCCAGCUGCCGUACAAACGCCCGACUAUAUAUUGGAAAAUUUUGGCCUGGAGGUUUAUAUUUAUCGUUAUUUUCCAAAGCAUCGUUGGGAUCUUUACGAUGAUCGUCCAGUGGUGUCUCUCCGGGGUGCCGAGAAAAUUGCGGGAUCGCACAAAACGCGAGGCGUAUCUCACUGAGCAGAUAAUAAUAGCGCGGGAAGCUGAGAGGGCGAAGAUGAAAGCCCGUGCGAGCAACAGAUUCGUCAGCACUGGGAACCAGUUGCGCAAACGCUCGAUAAAUGUCCCAGAGUCAAUUGAUAUCUGAAUUACCAGAUUGUUUUACUCGAAAUUUUGAUAAUUAUUUAUUUAUAAAGUACUUUGUUGAUAUUUUGUAUGAGACUUUUUAUGAAAAAUAUAUGAUUAAUUUUAAUAUGGA